UGUGACUUCCUCCCACCGCAGCAGCUGGCAGAGCCGGGGCUGCCCCUUCUGCUGGUGCCUCCUUUCAGCCGCGUCUGUCUGGGGUUCCCUUCGUCUGGCCCCGCCCCUCGGGCUGAGCGGGGCGGGGCCGGGCGGUCCCGGAGGCUGCGGCAGGCCGGACAGCGGGAGCAGGUGGAGGGCUGGCGGCGGUCGAGAUCGUGCUGCCAUGGCUCAGCCUCUGGGUUCAGAGCCUCAGCUCCUACCUCUUCCCUCCUUGCCAGCCCCUGAUGUCUGCCAGACUUUUGCCUCUGCCGGAGCCCCUGCCUGACCAGCUUCCCCUCCCUGUCUGGUUGGGAUUUGGGGGCUGAGCUGUCUGGGGUCCCAGGGCCAACCAAUGCAGUGCCGGCUCCCGCGGGGCCUGGCUGGAGCCCUCCUCACCCUCCUGUGCAUGGGGCUCCUGUGUCUGCGGUACCACUUGAACCUGUCCCCGCAGCGGGUGCAGGAGACCCCCGAGCUGAGCCAGCCGAGCCCGGGGCCCCCUGAGCUGCAGCUACACGAUGUCUUCAUCGCAGUGAAGACGACCCGGGCCUUCCACCGCUUGCGCCUGGAGCUGCUGCUUGACACGUGGGUUUCCAGGACCAGGGAACAGACAUUCGUCUUCACCGACAGCCCAGACAAAGGCCUCCAGGAGAGACUGGGGUCCCACCUUGUGGUCACCAACUGCUCCGCGGAACACAGCCACCCAGCUCUGUCCUGCAAGAUGGCUGCUGAGUUCGACACCUUCUUGGCCAGUGGGCUUAGGUGGUUCUGCCACGUGGAUGAUGACAACUAUGUGAACCCAAGAGCGCUGUUGCAGCUGCUGAGAGCCUUCCCACUGGACAGCGACGUCUACGUGGGAAGGCCCAGCCUGAACCGGCCCAUCCACGCCUCAGAGCCACAGCCCCACAACCGCACGAGGCUGGUACAGUUCUGGUUCGCCACCGGGGGUGCUGGCUUCUGCAUCAAUCGCAAACUGGCUUUGAAGAUGGCUCCGUGGGCCAGUGGCUCCCGUUUCAUGGACACAUCUGCUCUCAUCCGGCUGCCUGAUGACUGCACCAUGGGCUAUAUCAUUGAGUGCAAGCUGGGCGGCCGCCUGCAGCCCAGCCCCCUCUUCCACUCCCACCUGGAGACCCUGCAGCUGCUGAGGACUGCGCAGCUCCCAGAACAGGUCACCCUCAGCUACGGUGUCUUUGAGGGGAAACUCAACGUCAUUAAGCUACAGGGCCCCUUCUCCCCGGAGGAGGACCCCUCCAGGUGGGUCUGA